CGGUGAGCCAUGUGGGUGUCUGGGGGAAGGGCAUUCCAGGCUGAGGGAACAGCCAGUGCAAAGGCCCUGGGGCAGAAGUGUGCCACCCUCUGGCACAGUGAGGAGGCGGGGGCAGAGAGGGGACAGGGCCAGGUCCUGCAGGUCUGUGUGGGCCACGGUGAGGAGUCUGAUUCUGAGUGUGGUGGGAGCCAAGGGAGGCUUUGGAGCGGCGGAGGGGCGUGAGCUGACCUGCAGAACACCCUGGCGGUGCUGGUGGUGAGGGCUGUCGCAGGGAGCCGCCUGAGGAGGCGACAGUGAUAUGCAGGUGGGAGAUGGUGGUGGCAGCACCCAGGUGAUGGCAAUGGGGGUGGUGAGAAGUGGUGGGACUCUGGAUACAUUCUGACAGUCAUUCAACAAAUCUGCUGAUGAGCUGGACUGUCCGUGGGCAGCGAAAGGCAGAGGUCAUAGGUCAACUCCAGGGCUUUGGGCCUGAGCACCUGGAGGGAUGGCGCUGCCGUCUCCCUGGAUAUGGGAGGGGGCGUUUCGAGGCGGAGGUGAAGGGCUUGGGGGCCCAGCGGCCCGCUCACUGUGUGUCCCGUCCCGGAGUCAACCCCACCUCAUCCUUCGCGCGCGUAGGCCGAGGCGCCCUCCGCGGUGUGACCCCCACCUGUCACCACCAGGGGGCGCCCCUUGCCUCGGCCAAAUCCACCCUGCUCCCCGUCUACCCCAAAUUUCCCUUUCACUUUCGGUCUCCGGCUGUCACCCGGCCUGGCCCCUUCCACACCCAGCUGGGGCAAGCCUGAUCCAGCCACAGGCAUGAGGGGCCCCCGGCCGAGAUGAUAGUGCUGGCGCCAGCCUGGAGCCCAACUACCUCGCUGCUGCUGCUGCUGCUGCUGCUGCUCAGCCCCGGCCUCCGCGGGAGCCCCGACUGCUCCUUCAGCCACAGCCCCAUCUCCUCCACCUUUGCUAAGACCAUCGGCAAGCUGUCUGACUACCUGCUUCAAGAUUACCCAGUCACGGUUGCCUCCAACCUACAGGACGACGAGCUCUGUGGGGCCCUCUGGCGCCUGGUCCUGGCCCAGCGCUGGAUGAGAAGGCUCAAGACUGUGGCUGGGUCCCAGAUGCAAAACCUGCUGGAGGAUGUCAACACCGAGAUACUCUUUGUCACCUUAUGUGCCUUCCAGCCCCCCCCCAGCUGUCUUCGAUUCGUCCAGACCAACAUCUCCCACCUCCUGCAGGACACCUCCCAGCAGCUGUUGGCCUUGAGGCCCUGGAUCACCCGCCGGAAUUUCUCCCGGUGCCUGGAGCUGCAGUGUCAGCCCGACUCCUCCACCCUGCUGCCCCCGAGGAGUGCCGGGGCCUUGGGGGCCACAGCCCUGCCAGCCCCUCAGGCCCCUCUGCUGCUCCUGCUGCUGCUGCUGCCCGUGGCCGUCCUGCUGCCGGCCGCCGCCUGGUGCCUGCACUGGCGAAGGAGGAGGCGGAGGCCGGCCCGCCCUGGGGAGCCGAGGACAACACUGAGGCCCAGAGGGAGCUGUCACCUACCGGAGGACACAGAGCCGGGACUCGGAGGAAGUCAGCUAGAGACUGGGCCCUUCCUGAGCCGCGCCGCCCCUCUCAAUCUCUCUCCAGGAUGGAGGCAACGCCAGCAUCCGGCCCCGGCCCCGGCCCCAGCCGCCCCCCUCUGUACAAAGCCCUCCUCCCCGGGAAAUUGUAUAUAAAUCAUCCUUUUCUACCAG